AUGGCUAAGGAACAGUUGAAGGUGCUUAAUGCACUUGAUGUAGCCAAGACACAGUGGUAUCAUUUUACUGCAAUUGUCAUUGCUGGAAUGGGUUUUUUCACUGAUUCCUAUGAUCUCUUCUGCAUUUCCCUUGUUACCAAAUUGCUUGGCCGUGUUUAUUACUAUGAAGGCAGUAACAAACCUGGUUCUCUACCAGAAAAUGUUUCUGCUGCAAUCAAUGGUGUUGCUUUCAGUGGAGCACUGGCAGGACAACUUUUCUUUGGUUGGCUUGGUGACAAAAUGGGAAGAAAACGAGUUUAUGGAAUGACCCUUAUGCUUAUGGUCAUAGCUUCACUUGCUUCUGGUCUCUCUUUUGGGAAAGAUCCCAAAACUGUUAUGGCUACCCUUUGUUUCUUCAGGUUCUGGCUUGGAUUUGGAAUUGGCGGUGAUUACCCUCUUUCAGCUACUAUCAUGUCUGAGUAUGCAAAUAAAAAGACUCGUGGUGCAUUUAUAGCGGCUGUUUUCGCUAUGCAAGGUUUUGGAAUUUUGUCUGGUGGCGCAGUUGCAAUUAUAGUUUCAUCUGUUUUCAAAGCUUUGUAUCCUGCUCCAGCGUUUAAUGUUAAUCCGUAUUUGUCCACUGUUCCACAAGCUGAUUAUGUUUGGAGGAUAAUCUUGAUGUUUGGUGCAAUUCCGGCAUUGCUUACUUACUACUGGAGGAUGAAAAUGCCUGAAACUGCAAGAUAUACCGCCUUAGUUGCAAAGAAUAGUAUACAGGCUGCUGCAGACAUGUCGAAAGUUUUGCAAGUUGAUAUAGAAGCUGAACAGGAAAAAAUCCAGCAAUUGGAUCAAAAUCAGAGACAAGGAAGGAAUGAUUUUGGUUUGUUUACAAAAAGGUUUCUUCGCCGCCAUGGACUUCACUUGCUUGGAACUGCUAUGACUUGGUUCUUGUUGGAUAUUGCUUAUUAUAGUCAAAAUCUUUUCCAGAAAGAUAUUUUCAGUGCAAUUGGAUGGAUUCCAGAAGCUAAAACUAUGAGUGCCCUCGAAGAGGUUUACAAGAUUGCUAGAGCACAGACACUCAUAGCACUUUGCAGUACUGUUCCUGGUUACUGGUUCACAGUGGCACUCAUUGAUAGAAUUGGAAGAUUUACAAUCCAAUUGAUGGGAUUUUUCUUCAUGACCGUUUUCAUGUUUGGAUUGGCCAUUCCAUAUCACCAUUGGACCAUGAAAGGAAACCAAAUUGGUUUUGUUGUCAUGUAUUCAUUGACAUUCUUCUUUGCUAAUUUUGGUCCAAAUGCAACGACGUUUGUGGUUCCGGCAGAGAUUUUCCCGGCAAGGCUAAGGUCAACAUGUCAUGGUAUAUCCGCUGCUGCUGGAAAAGCUGGAGCAAUGGUAGGUGCUUUUGGUUUCUUGUAUGCUCAAAAUGCAAUUGGAGUGAGAAAUGUGCUUCUGCUUUUGGGUGUGGCCAAUUUCUUGGGGAUGAUGUUUACAUUCUUGGUUCCUGAAUCUAAAGGAAAAUCUUUGGAAGAAAUUUCUGGUGAAGCUGAGGAAGAAACUUUGGAGGCUGGUAUUCAAGUUUAG